AUGUCAUCUAGAGGUAUUGGUUCUAAGAGUGAAUACUUGGUUUUCCAAGGGGCUCAAAAUUUUCGUUUGCGUAUAAUUUUAGCCACUUUAUCAGGUCAAAUGAUUAAAAUUGAAAAAAUCCGUUCCAAUGACUUGAAUCCUGGUUUGAAAGACUACGAAGUGUCAUUUAUGAGACUUAUAGAGGCUGUCACUAAUGGUAGUGUUAUUGAGAUUUCAUAUACUGGUACCACAGUUAUUUAUAGACCAGGUAUUAUAAUUGGUGGUUCAUAUACACAUAACUGUCCAAAUAGUAAACCUGUUGGUUAUUAUGUUGAACCAAUGUUAUAUCUGGCACCAUUCUCAAAGAAGAAGUUUUCAAUUAUAUUCCGUGGUAUUACUUCAUCUCAUAGUGAUGCAGGUAUUGAAGCUAUUAAGUGGGGGUUAAUGCCAGUGAUGGAAAAAUUUGGUGUAAGGGAAUGUGCUUUGCAUACUUUGAAAAGAGGAGCUCCACCAUUAGGAGGUGGUGAAGUUCAUUUAGUGGUUGAUACUUUAAUUGCCCAACCUAUUACCAUGCAUGAAUUGGAUAUACCUCCAAUCGUUAAAAUCAGAGGUGUUGCAUAUUCGACAAGAGUCAGUCCGUCAAUGGUGAAUAGAAUGAUUGAUGGUGCUAAACAAGUAUUGAAGAAUGUUGGUUGUGAAGUAAACAUUACUGCUGACGUUUGGAGAGGUGAAAACUCUGGUAAGAGUCCGGGUUGGGGUAUUACUUUAGUGGCUGAAACAAAAAAGGGUUGGUGUUUCUUUUCUGAAGAAAUUGGUAAUUCUGGUGAUAUACCAGAAGAUAUUGGUUCAAAAGUUGCAUAUCAUUUAUUAGAAGAAAUUUCCAUUAGUUCAGUAGUCGGUAGAAAUCAAUUACCAUUAGCACUAACGUAUAUGGUCAUCGGUAAGGAAGAUAUUGGUAGAUUAAGAAUUUCUCAAAAUCAAAUCGAUGAAAAAUUCGUUUCACUACUAAGAGAUAUGAAGAAGUUCUUUGGUACCGAAGUAUUACUGAAGGAGGUUGAUGAUCCAGAUAGUAAUGACUUUAUAGCAACAGUUAAAGGUGUUGGUUUUACCAAUACCAAUAAAAAAAUUGCAUAG